AUGAAGAAGUAUCCAGGGAUGACUUACCAGUUCUCCUGGAAGUUGUACAGCUAUUGUAUAUUGAUUGGUCUGAUCGCCUGCGUCGAAGGGACGUAUUGGAUGUUAGCUGGAUUCCAACACUAUUCGCACUCCGUAUCCAUUAUCAUUGAAAGUAUAGGCUUCUGGUUCAAUGUAUUCACUUGGGUAUCGGUUCUUAUCCAAUACUACCUCCAGAGGGAAAUUCUGCCCGACAUCAUCUCUCGGCUUUACGCUGUUCACUGUCGCAUCGGCAUCACCGUUUAUAGACGACGUUAUGCUACUGGAAUCUUCUUCCUGACUCUGCUCAACGCCAUACCCAGUAUCAUGUACAUCGGAAGCGAUAUUUUAUUUGUGGACUUCCUCCUAGUGAGCACAUACUUCAUCUUUAUAAACGUACCAGUGAUCAUGGCAUGCCAGUACUCGGUUCUAAUGAGCCUCCUUACGGAUCAGUUGACCUUUUUGACAAACCAGUUCCGUCUGCCAAUGUUCAGCUUCGAUGUACGGCAACUGGUUAAGAAUCACCAUGCUCUCUGCGUCCUGGCCAAUCGUAUCAAUAAGGGCUUCAACAUUUUUCUCCUUCAAGCCACCGCUAUACCUUUCGUCCUUAUUGUGAUCAACAUUUACAUAGUCGUCGUUUGUAUUGUUAAACCACAAGAAUUUGAUGAAGAUUCCAAGUUGCUAACUGCUGUGAUGGAUGCCCUCGUGAACAUAGGAAUAAUAACGUUGAUAGUAACUGCAGCAAAGGGCGCCGAGGACAGUGCAAGUAUCUUGAUCGAUUGUGCAAUAUUUGCUAAGGACUUCAAUAUUCAACUAUGGAAUAAUAUGUUAAUCAGCAAGACUUUAGGAAAAGAUAAUGACCUCAAGAUUUACGUUUACAUGAAUAACAAUAUUCAGCAAACUGCUUGUGGAUUUUUUGAACUCGAUUACACACUGCUGACUUCGGUAAGGACAUCACAGAUUUCCUGA